AAUCAUGCAUUGCUGCUAAACGCAUGCUCAAGGGCACCGGCUCAGACAACUACAUCAGAAAGCAGCAAGUAGAACCUCGUGUCAAAGGCUGUCACAGAAGAAGUCAGUGGGUCAAAGCUGUUCUGAGAAAAGAAGAUUGACGCAACCAUGGACCAGGCAAGGUCAACAAUAUCUAAAAUUUUCAACGGGGAGCCUCACUCCUACACACGUUUCAACCUGACCCGGAACAUGGAAGGGGAUAACAGCCAGGUGGAGAUGAAGCUGUCGUCAGACAUGGAUGAGGAGACGGGGGGCAAUGGCGCGGGAGAACACCUCAAUCACAACUCCAACCGCAAACCCUACGUGGCUCAAAAGCUCGGGCGCACACCACAGAACCUUUGCUUCAUGGCCGUCGCCACCCUGCUCAUCUUUAUCAUCGGCUACUUGAUUGGCUACUUGGUUCAUCGGAAGAAGGACUUGGCUCCCACCUGUGCUGACUCCAUGGUCCGUUAUGACAACCGUGCUGCCAUCGAGACGGGUGCUGCCCCCCUCAUGAACUGGGACAAGGUCAAAAAGCUGCUUGCUGAACAAGUCUCUGCAGACAAAUUCGAUUCUGUCUUUAGGGAGUUUUCCAGUGACAACCACCGGGCCGGUUCUCUGAGUGAUGAGGUCCUGGGAGAGAAGGUGGUCAAGAGGUUCAGGGAGUACGGGAUGAAAACCUGGACCGACGAGCACUUUGUUAAGGUUCAGGACGGCCCAGCGUCUGGCUCCAACAGCUUUAGUUACAAGGGGAAGCAGGAGAGUCCAACGGGAUUCCUGUCCUACAGUGCCAACGGAACAAUAACGGGUGCCGUCUUGUAUGCGUUUUACGGGGAGGAGAAGAACUUGAGGUUGCUGAAAAGCCGUAACAUCAACAUGACAGGCAGGGUCAUGCUGGUUAAAACCGGUCGGAUCAGCUUUGCUGAGAAGGUAGCCAAUGCUGCCAAAAUGGGUGCUUCUGCUGUGCUGAUCUACCCAGAUCCCUCUAAAGCCUCUAUUGGUGGAUCCACUCAGCUCUAUGGACAUGUCCACCUUGGUUCAGGGGAUCCCUACACCCCCGGCUUCCCUUCCUUCAACCACACCCAGUUCCCACCCAUCAACUCCUCAGGCCUGCCAAAAAUCCUGGCCCAGACCAUCACCCUAGACAUGGCCAUAAGCAUUCUGCGGCAGCUGGGGGGGGGCAAUGCGCCGGAAGAAUGGGAAAGCCCGAACAAACUUGGAGAUGACAGCGAUAAUAUUACCUUGGGGGUCGACAACGUGCUCAGUGAGAAAAAGAUAGUAAAUGUCUUCGGGGUCAUCAAAGGCUUUGUGGAUGCAGAUCGAUAUGUGGUCAUCGGUGCACAGAGGGACGCAUGGGGUCCAGGUUUUGCCGCGUCAACUGUCGGUACCAGCGUCCUUGUCGAGCUGGCACGCUCCAUCUCAGAUAUGGUGAAGAAUGGUGGAUUCAAGCCGAGGAGAAGCAUUGUGUUUGCCAGCUGGAGCGCUGGAGAAUAUGGGAGUGUUGGCGCCACCGAGUGGCUGGAGGGUUAUCUUUCCUCUCUGAGCAUGAAAGCCUUCUCUUACAUCAACCUGGAUGGAGUUGUAACAGGUCAGAAAUAUUUGAAAGUGGCAGCCAGUCCCUUGCUGCACGGCCUGGUCGAGAGCACUCUGAAGGAGGUGAACUCCCCGAACAAAGCUGGGUCUCUCUUUUCUGAAUUUGCAAAGGACAACAUGGAAUCAAAUGUGUUGGAGCCUAUGAAGUUGGAUAACGCUGCGUAUCCUUUCCUCGCCUUUUCUGGCAUCCCGUCAGCAUCUUUCAGAUUCACCUCUGAGAACUCGGACUACCUGUACUUCGGCACCACGCUGGACACCCGGGAGAAACUGAACGCGGCCACCGGCAACAAGGUGCCUCAGCUGGCUGAAGCAGCCACGCGGGUCGCAGGUCACAUGGUGCUGAGGCUGGUCCAUGAUCAUCUGCUGCGCAUGGAUGUGGAGAAGUACAACAAAAUCAUACGUAAUCGCGUGGCUCAGAUCAACAACAAGGUCCAUUCUGUGCUGAGGUUGCAGCCCCAGCUGCUGUCCAAGGUGCUGACCAUGCAGUGGCUGAUGUCGGCCUACGGCUCCUACAGCCGGGCCUCCAGCAAGCUGGCAGCAGACAUCCAGAACAGCAACAUGGACGACAUUAAGAUGUGCCGUACCCUUAAUGACCGCAUCAUGAUGGUGGAGAGGAACUUCCUGUCCCCCUACGUGUCCCCCAGAGACACUCCGUUCCGCCACAUCCUGCUGGGCUCGGGCCCCCACACUCUGCAGGGUCUGUACGGCCACCUGGAGGCCCUCAGGAUGGACCACCCCGAGGCCGACGCCAAACUGUUCCGAAACCAGUUCGCCCUCGCCACCUGGACCAUCCAGGGCUGCGCCAACUCACUGGCAGGGGACGUGUGGUCUCUUGAUAACGAAAUCUAAAAAAAGUAACCCCCCCACUUCCUCCCUUGUUCAUCAUUUGGUCGUCUUAUUCACAAACGGCAGUGUAAAACAGCUUUAAAAUUCAUUUAAGCUUAGAUUUAAAGUGGAGCCGUUCAGUAAUUCAUUCAACUUUGAGACAUGAGCUCAUGUUCCUCCUUUCUGAAAUUCUUUAAAAAAAAGCCUUACUUUUUUUAAAAGAAUUAAAAAAAUAAAAAUAAAGUAAUCCUUAACAAAAAGGAUGUUUUUUCGUUUUAAAUGAAAUGCAGUAUUCUGAAUACUCUGGUGCUAGCAACAAUUAGCUUCAAAUGGUCCUAUAGGUGACACUUAAAAUGUAGUCACAGUAUGUCUGUGUAAAGCAGCUCGGAGAGGAACAAAACACAAAGUGCCAGUAUGAUAAUCUAAGAUAAAGCGCAUAAUGAUUAAAAAUCCAAACUGCUGGUAAUAUUACUGCUGCUGAAGCCCUGUGUAUAAACCUGGUACGUGUUUUAUCGGAAGUUAAAAUGUCAUUCUGCGCAGAAACUCGUGACUAGUCAGUCAGAAAUGUGUGUGUUGCCUAAAUAGAAGAGAUGAUGAAAUAACAAUCAAACAGCAGUUCUGUUGCACUGAAUUAGGGCUGGGCAAUAAACCAAUUUUAAUAUAAAUUCCUUGAAUAUCGAAAAUGACGUAAUUUCCUGCUUUUGAAGGCACAGUACAAUACAUUGAUGUUAUUUUCUAAAUGUGCCAUUACUGUUCUAGGAGUUCUAUUUUUUUCUUAUUAGAAGUUGUUGAAUUGACAUUACUCAUGCCAAUUAUCCAAAUUCUCAUUGUUUUUCUAUAUGCACCAAUGCUCAACUCUACAAUAUCCUCACGAUAUUGCGGUUAAAAAAUAUCGCCCAGCCCUACACGGAACCUGUUUGGCUGCAUCGUUACAAAAAAAGUCCACGCAACAAUCAAUAAUAAAAAAUUAAGAAUAGGCCUUUGAAAAACCAAGGAGAGGGUCUGAAGGCACUGAAACAAACCGUACGUCUAUUUAUUGUGUUAUUUAUUUAUCAGUGGCAGGGUUCACUAUAAAUAGUAUUUUUUUAAUUGCCUUUUAUAAAAAAUGAAAAAUAAUGUGUAUAAUUAUCGGGAGCAGCGCCUUCCAUAAUUAUGACAGUUAUACUGUUGAAAUAUCAAGAGCAGCAUCUGCUUAAAAAGAAGUGUACAUGUCGACCUGGACUGAAGUACGAACAAUCGUAACGCAACUCUGGAUUGUGUUUUCCUUUAAACUGACACUGGACUGGUCUCUUCAGGUCCCUCGGUACAUGUACACUUCUCGUCCUGACAAUAUUAUCGGGAGCAGUGUCUUCCAUAAUGUGAAUAAAAGAAGAAGGUAGUUUUUUCCUACCAGUAUGUGUCCGUAUCGGAGGCAGUGCCCUCCAUAUUUCACUGUAGGAGUGGAUGUUUUUAUUAUCGGGAACAGUGUUUCCCAUAAUGCGUGUAAAUAUACAGAACAUUGCUGCACCAUGUCCGCAUCUUUAGAUCCCAUUUCACGAUGCUUAUGUUGUUUCCCGCUUAUGAGACUUACUUAUGGAACUUAUGGAAGAGGCCAAGGGUCUUUGUUUUUAGUUGAGAGAGAAAGUCAGAAUUCUGAGAGAAAAAAAGUCUGGUAAGAGAAUUCUGAGACUUUUUCCUCAGAAUUCUGAAUUUAAUCUCAGAAUAAAAAAAGACACUUUGGUCAGAUCUAAAAAUCUGUCCCGAAUCCUCUGCAGUAGGCUCUUUAUAAAAACAUUUGUAACACAAAAAAAGCUAAGCUUAAAUUGUUAUGGGUUUAUUUAUGUAUCAUUUUAAUCUGAUGAGGUGUCGCCUUUCCUUUCGGUUUCAUGCUAUGUAAGCCUUUUCUUUUUGUAACCAACAUGUUUGCGGCCAGUGGUUACAGAGCGGUGGUCAACUCUUACAAAAAAUGUUUGUUUUUGAUGAUUCAGCCGUGUGAAAGUUACAUUCUACCUUCUUUGUGUGAAUUCAUUGUUGUUUAAAAUUUCCUUGUGCCUUUUUUGUUUGUCAUGACUGCAUAGUAGAGCUGCAUUUCUACAUACAGUACUUAAAGAGUUUGCAGAGUAUGCUUGUUUAGUUUUGACAUUUCUGCGUUUAGUUUGUUUCUGUUGUAUUCUAGAAUCAAAAGUUACUGGGUUAAAGACCUGUUAACACUUUCUUUAGAUGAUUUCACGGGACGAAUGUUAAUUGUAAAAAAUCAAUGUAAAUGGGAUUUAAAAGUUACACACUGAAUGUUACAGUAGUUAACUUCCUUUAGCUAAUCUGCUAAAUUUGGUCACUUGAAUUCUUAUUUGUGUAUGAAACCAUGCCUCGGCAAAACAACUUGUUUUAGAUCAAAACAAGUUGUUUUAGAUCACCAGCCUUUUUAAAAUGGUCCAAUAACCAUUCAGAGUUUGAGUGAUUCAACUGAUCUGUCGUGGAAGUUACAUUGCUAAUAUUGCCAUCUUGCUGAGGAUACAAACAUAGAAAUUAGGUCGCAAUACCAGUCUUUGUUGGACUUUCAAAAAUCUGAAUUUGUGGAUAAAGAAUGUUUUUUUUUCUUCUUCGACUGUAUACAAAUUUGCUUAGCUUCACAUUUUCGUUGCUUCAAUAAACAAUCACAUCACAGCU